GCAGAGCGAGAGCGAUUGUGUGCCCCACCCCUACCAACCCCCUCAGCCGUCACCGAUGAGAGCUCUGCUCGUUUCGGCCCUUGCCGUCGGCGCCAGAGCCCACGGGCACAUGACGAUGCCGGCGCCUCGGCCGACUGCGUGGGUGAGCGAGUUUGUCGGCGUGCACCCGCAGCUGUACAGCACAAACACGACCCACAUCUACCGGCAGCCCACGCACACCGUGCAAAACGGCCCAUCCUUCCACUACAACGAGGCUUCGUUCCGGUGCCACGAUUUUGCCGCCGUGAGUCCCUCGACGACCAUCACGGCAGGCGGCGGACUCGAGGUGGAGUGGAAGCUCGAGGCGCGGCAUCCGGGAGAUUGCGCGCUGUACAUCUCCUACGACGCCGACAAGGACCGACCCGUCACCUGGAUCAAGCUCUACGACUUUGUGGGUUGUAUGGACCAGGCCAGCCUGGCUGACUACCUCCAAGACGACAGCUGGACUGACCCGCUCGAGGUGAAUCGGUACACGAUCGCCCUCCCGAGCUGGCUGCCUUCCAGCGACCACGCCGUUCUACGCUGGGAGUGGAUCGCGGUCCAGGCUCUCGCCAACAUCGAGCUCUACGUCACGUGCGCCGACGUGCGAGUCGUGGGAACUGACGAGCCGGUCGAGGCGUUUCUCGACAAGGUCAGCCCAAAGCCAGAUGAAUACCAGGACCUGUUCACUUGCAUCGCGGGCUGCUUUGUCGAGAGCGGCUUUUUGGAGGAGUCCGGCAACGCGAACGUCGAUAGCGUCAUCGCAGCACUAGCUGCCGCUGGAGUGGAUCUGCAGGGGCUGACUGCGGGGGAGGAGGACUCGACGGAUACGGAGCCCACGAUCUCGAGGGCUGCUGCCAUCGUCCUGGCCGCGGCCGGCGGGUUUGCCGUUGGCAUCCUCUCUGCGCUGCUGGCGCUCUUCCUAGCUCGCAAGCUGUGUCCCCCGGCCGAGGCUGCUACUCGCAAGACCACGAGCUUCGACAAGACGGGGACGCGUGUGGCGGGGCAUGUGUGACCUCUCUUUCAGGGGCCGAAAGAGAGGUGUGUACGUGAGCGGAGAGUCCAUGCGCGCGCAGCACGCGGGGCAUACCGGCUUGUACGCGUGCGGGCCCGCCCGGAGUGCCGGAGAGCGAGACAGUCCAAGGGGAGUGAGAGAGAGCGAGACCGAGACGGCAGACGCGCGACGGGGUCGUGUACCGUCGGGUCUCUAUUUUAAGAUGAGGUAAACAGCAA